CAUGUCAUGGCCCCAAAAUGGCAAUCUGCGCUUCUGCCUCAGUCCAAGAAACCCAAAUUGGCUCCUUCCCCAAAACUGGAGGACAAGUCUGCCUCUCCCGGCCUGCCGAAGGGAGAAAAAGAACAGCAAGAAGCAAUUGAACACAUUGAUGAAGUACAAAAUGAAAUAGACAGACUUAAUGAACAAGCAAGUGAGGAAAUACUAAAAGUAGAACAAAAAUAUAACAAACUCUGCCAAUUGUUUUUUCAGAAGAGGUCAGAAUUGAUUGCUAAAAUCCCAAAUUUUGGGGUAAUCACAUUUGUCAACCAUCCACGAGUGUUUGCACUGCUUGGAGAGGAAGACAAAGAGGCUCUGCAUUAUUUAACCAGAGUCGAAGUAACAGAAUUUGAAGACAUUAAAUCAGGUUACAGAAUAGAUUUUUAUUUUGAUGAACAUCCCUACUUUGAAAAUAAAGUUCUCUCCAAAGAAUUUCAUCAGAAUGAGAGUGAAUCCUCAAAGUCCACUGAAAUCAAAUGGAAAUCUGGAAAGGAUUUGAGAAAAUGCUCAAGUCAGACACAGAAUAAGGCCAGCAGGAAGAGACAACACAAAGAGCCAGAGAGCUUCUUUACCUGGUUUACUGACCACUCUGAUGCAGGUGCAGAUGAGUUAGGAGAAGUCAUCAAAGAUGACAUUUGGCCAAACCCCUUGCAGUACUAUUUGGUUCCUGAUAUGGACCAUGAAAAGGGAGAGGCAGAAGAUGAUGAUGAUAAUGAUGAUGAAGAAGAAGAAGGCUUGGAAGAUAUUGAUGAAGAAGGAGAUGAAGGUGAAGAAGAUGAAGAUGAAGAUGAUGAUGAAGGGGAAGAAGGAGAGGAGGAUGAAGGCGAGGAUGACUAGCACAGAAGACUGAUGAAUUCCAACUCUCUUUUUUAUUUUAUUUUUAUUUUUUAAAUUUCUCCAGUCCCUGGGAGCAAGUUGCAGUCAUUUCCCUCCCGUCCCCAAUCCCUCUUGUGCUCAGUUGCCCUGUUUCUGAGGUCUCGCUUCUCAAUACCAUGGUUCUCAACUUAUUUUUGGAGAAAUGUCUUGAGCAAAAUACAAUGGGAAAAGA